AUGAUGUCUUCCUCUUCUGUGAUUUUUGUUUUGGCGUUGGCCUCUACAGUAUCCGCAAACUAUCUGAUCAACAGUACUUAUUGGAGUUGUGGAGCUGGAACUUUGCCAACAAUGGUUUCUAAUCAGGUUUUGCAUGCCUGUGAUGAAUACUGUAAGUAAGUGAAUCCUGAUUUUGAUCUACAAACCUUCCUUUUCAGAUGAUUACAAUCUUUGCUGCGCAAUUCAUGACGAUUGUUACGAUCAACAAUUAGGAAAAGCUAAUUGUGACGCAAACUUCUGUGCGUGUGUAGCUGUAAGUCUGACACAAAAAUAAGCAGUCCCAAAAAAGUUAAGCAGUCCCAAAAAUAUAAGCAGUCCCAAAUUUCUCUGCUUCUCUGCGUCUCUCGUUGAUUAGCAUACAGAGAGAUAAAUAAGCAGUCCCAAAAAGUUAAGCAGUCCCAAAAAUAAGCAGUCCCAAAUUUCUCUGCUUCUCUGCGUCUCUCAUAAAAUUGCAUGCAGAGAGACAAAUAAGCAGACACAAAAAUAAGCAGUCCCAAAAAAGUUAAGCAGUCCUAAAAAGUUAAGCAGUCCCAAAAAUAAGCAGUCCCAAAUUUCUCUGCUUCUCUGCGUCUCUCGUUAAUUAGCAGGCCGAGAGAUAAAUAAGCAGUCCCAAAUUUCAGAAAGCCGGUGAAAACACAACAUCAUCCGAUGGUGUUUGUAACACUGCCGGUCCAGCCGCGUGCCUUCUUGUCAACGUAACCGACGCGGCAGCGGAAGCUUACGCAAACGCCGGAGAGAGUAGCACAUUGGUCUAUACGAUUUCGACCAAUAACAAAAUCAAGAAUGCGUAUCCCGUGCUUUUCCAGAAAUGCUUGUAUCAAUAUUGUAAGUUUUUUCUUGAGAUCUUAAAAUUGAUAUAUUUUUCCAGUAACAAUCGAUAUCUGUGGAUUGAACUUUGACUUCUGCAUCAAUGAAAGCAGCAAUAAAUCGGAUAAGAAAAACUGUGCAAUUGGGGUAAGUUCCGCUAAUUCCCAGUGAAUCCAGCAAUACUUUUUUUUUGAUUUUUCAGCUUCGUAGAUGCCUCAAUCAAACAAAAUACAAUCGUGUUGCGAAUACUCAAUGCGAUAAUGCAGUGGCUCAAGUGGUUACUGUAAUCAAUGAGGUAAUCACUAAUUUGUCAUAA